CUGUAUUCACCCCCUCCGAACGCCUCCCAAUAAAAACGCCACCGCCCCACUCACCGCCGUCACCGGAGCCCGGCCGCCGGGAUGCCUCAAGAUUCGCGCCCAGCGGGGAUGCGCCUCUUCGGCGUCACCAUCGCGCCGGUGCCACCGCCGGCACCCGAGGCGGAUCCGCCGGACCGGGAUCCGAGCCCCAACCCGCCCGUGGCGGUCAGGGAGGACGUGAUGCGCAAGUGCAAGAGCAUGGGCAACCUCGCCGCCCUUGGCGCUGCCGCGGACGGCGGAGGAGCCGGCGCUGACGGUGGAGGUGCCGGCGACGGGUACCUCUCCGAUGGCGGGCUGAUGCAGUCGUCCGGGAAGCGGCGGAGGGCGCAGGAGAGGAAGAAAGCUGUUCCUUGGACUGAAGAAGAGCACAGGACAUUUCUUGCUGGUCUUGAAGAGCUAGGGAAGGGAGACUGGAGGGGUAUAGCAAAAAAUUUCGUUACCACCAGAACACCAACUCAAGUAGCAAGUCAUGCUCAGAAAUAUUUUCUUAGACAGACUAAUCCAAACAAGAAGAAGCGCAGAUCUAGUCUUUUUGACAUGAUGCCAGGCGAGCUGUCACCAGCACCCAAUUGCCCCAUCUUACCACCAUCAAUGGCAAAAGUACAUGAUGUGGUAGCUAUGACGAGACAACUCCAAAAUAGCAACUUGGAAGGAGGCUCAUCUUUGAACGCAGCUAAUAUAGCACCUCAAGUUGGAAGAGAUCUUCCCCCAGUUCCAGCUUUUAGGGCAACAAAUAUGGACUCAAGUUUCAGCAAACUGAACCGCAUGGAGCCCUUCUGGAGAACACCCUAUCCAUUCAGACCAGUUCCAAGUUCUCCUGACGGGACAUCUCCAUCAACUCCUGUUGCUGCCAAUAUAGCUUCUCAGGUUUCCAAAGCUAACCCAAUUGCAUGUACUAGCACAUUCUUGAGCCCGCGAAGUGAGGCAUCAUCAUUGCCUCCGAAGGCAAAUCCUCCAGCAGAGAUGAAGGAUUUGGAACUGACUGUUGCCCCAACCUCCCAACAAAACAUGACCAAUAUGUCUUCCCAGAAUGCGGAAUUGACGCAAGCUUAACUGAUCAUUUUCGCUGCAUAUGUUUGCCGGUUGGAAUCGAAUGCAGUUCAUGUGCAUGCAUGGUUCUCCACAUUAGGUCCAGACAGAAGGUAUAUUAUAUUAUUCAAUGGAGAAAGUGACUGAAAAAAGUGAGGAAAACAGAAUGCUGUCUGGCACUAGCACCAUUAUUGGCUUUCCACCUGACCCUGAUGUUUGGUGCUUGGUACUAUCGUACAAGAAAAGCUUGGUGUAUGUCUAGUACUCUAGUGUAUCUGAAAGUGUUGGUUUAGGCACCUGAAUGCAUGUCUCCGUAAGUUUCUGGAGAAGUAAUACUUGGUGCAGAUUGCAGAACUGAAAGCUAUGAGCAUCACUGGUUUAAAGGAAAGCCUGAGGCCUGGAUGGAUGUUAGUAAUUCAGCAUAGAAAGUUAGAAACUAGUCUCUAGUGUAGUGCAAUACUCUGACGCUCUGCAAUCUCAUAUGUACCCUAACACUCCAGUCUCCCCUUGAACAUUGGAAUUGAAGUUAUUAAUACCUGCA